AUAGAAUAAAACAAAAAACCCCAAAACUAGGGCAUUUAGUCUGUCCCCCUGCCCCUCUUCUUCUUAUUCAAGUUUAGCGCCAUCCCCCCGUCAUGUUUUGAACAGCCAACUGUAUAAAAACAGCAGAACAGAUACAGUGAGUGUCCAAUAAGAUACCUCAAGGAGUUGACAGCAGCCAAUGUCCGACAGCCGGAGCCCAGCACGCACACAGGGUAAACACACACUGGGAGUCUCGGAGCCAAAAGACCGCGCAUUACCGGAGCUGCUCGUCCCAUUGUCUGAGACGUACUGACGCACCGCUGGCCUCUUGUAGCUCUGUAGGGGUAAGCAUUAUGACGUUUCAGUAAAGUACCUACUACCUACCUGUUAUGAAUGAAAGUGUGUGCAGACUUAUUGUUUGCACAGCGCGCGCAGUUGUUGGAUGCGUUUAGUUGCUGGACAGGAUGUUAGCACCGUUACACGCCCGUUAUGCUGGCUGGCUACCUUAGCUGCGUAAUUACUUUGAACUGGUGAGAGCUAACAGGAAGCUAAAAGUAAGAGUGAGACAGGGGCAGGAAUAACUCAACCAAGGUCCGGGUUUCCCUGCUUUACUUCUGCGUGUGUUUGAGAGAAAGAUCCGCUCCCCGUCACUGGCUAACUCGUGUAGCCGUCAAUGCUAUCAGACAAGCUAACGGUGCUCUCUAGUAUAACGCUGAUGUAUUCAGGGCAUUAAUAUUGAGUCCCACGUUUGUUGUUAAAGAAAAUCUCCUCCGAGCACGCACUUUAUUUUACAUACUAGCUUCUUACACUGGCAGGAAAAAGCUUGUAAUGUAUGAAAGCAGCUUGCUAACCAUUGUUAGCAGUAAAAUCAGCCAUUUUAAUAUUCGGCUGAUGAAAUGAGCACCAGGAUACGCCACUUGCUAGCCUAGCCUCGGGCUAAUGAAAGCGAGAGUACACAAAGCAAAAGCACAGUCAUUAUGGCUCACAGCUAGCUCGGAAGCUAACGCGAAUAUAUUCACAUGCAGCCCGGCGAGGUGCACAUCUUAUCACAGAGAGGAUGCAUGAGUAAAGUGUUGAGCACUAAAACAUUAAAAGUGGCAUCAUGUUUGUCUGUACAUACAAUGGAUUAUCAGUCAUCCUAGACACCCUCCUCCUCCUCCCCCUCCCACCCGAUUUAAACAAUAGCUGCAAGACAAAGCGAGUGGCAGACUUGGAAAUUUACUGUUUUGUUUUGCAUUUUUUCUGUCUCUCCCUGUUUUAGAAAUUCAAGAUGGGAAAGGAUCCGAACAAGCCGAGGGGCAAAAUGUCCUCAUAUGCCUACUUUGUGCAAACGUGCAGAGAGGAGCAUAAGAAGAAACACCCUGAAGCCUCUGUCAACUUUUCAGAGUUCUCCAAGAAAUGCUCUGAACGGUGGAGGGUAAAUAAUCCAUACAAUUAAAUUCAAUUUAUUUAUUCAAUAUCACGUUUUCCCAUGUUUUACAUCGAUUUCCGUUUUCUUUAAGACAAUGUCACCAAAAGAAAAAGGAAAGUUCGAAGACAUGGCCAAACUCGACAAGGUACGGUACGAGAGGGAAAUGAAGAAUUACAUUCCCCCCAAGGGCCAGAAGAAGAAGCGCUUUAAGGACCCCAAUGCCCCCAAAAGACCACCGUACGUACACUGAUAAUCUUCUUUUUUUUGUCUUAUAUUAAAUAAGAUAAGAUGUUCCUUUAAUAGUCCCACAGGGGGAAAUUUUAAAAUUACAGCAGCAUAAUAAAGAUACAAAAAAGAGAAAAAAUUAAAAGAUAAAGAAACUUUGAGAUAAAACAAGAUGUGUGCAUGCGUCAUAUUUACAUCUGUACAGAAUUUACAUGCAUAACAUAUUGUAUUAUAAUAAUUUUAACAUAAACUCUUCCGCUCUAAGGUAAAGGGUGAGAAUCCUGGUCUGAUUCUCACCCUUUACCUCAGACUGAGAAUCUUCCAUAGAACUGAUAAUCUUCUUCUUUUUUUUGUCUUAUAUUAAAUGUGUAGCAUAUCGUUAUAAUUUUAACAUUAACUCUCCUGCAGGUCUGCGUUCUUCCUGUUUUGUGCAGACUUCCGCUCUAAGGUCAAGGGUGAGAGUCCUGGUCUGUCUAUCGGGGACACAGCGAAGAAGUUGGGGCAAAUGUGGAACGACUCAUCUUCAGAGGAACGGCAGCCUUAUGAAAAGAAAGCGGCCAAAUUGAAGGAGAAAUAUGAUAAGGUACCAAAGAAAUCAAAGUUGAAGUUAAAAAUCCGAAGAGAUUAUUUUCAAUUUUUUGUUUUGGUUGAACUUUUGCAGAAUUAAUGUUUUAUUAAACUUCUUUUUCAGGAUAUCAUUGCCUACCGCACGAAGGGUAAAGUGGAUACCGCGCCUGCUGCUGCAGCCGAUGAUGACGAUGACGAAGAGGAUGAAGAGGAGGGCGAGGAGGAAGAAGACGACGAGGAUGAGGAUGAUGAGUAGACUGCACAGGGUUAAGACCUGAAAUUUUGUUUAUGCCAUAUAACCCUAAUAUACUCUUCACCAUCUUGAACCAGAAAUCAAAUUGAGCAAGAACAUGUGUAUAAUGUUUUUAAGAUGUACAGUGUUAUUCUCCUUUUUUUGUAAAGUAAACACUACAUAUCUUAAGUUUUGGAUUUUCUAGUGGUAGUUCUUUAUCCCCGUCAUACUCUGUAUCAAUUUAGGAGUACUACAGAUCAGUAUGAAAGUAACUAGUCUUUAGGUGUUACGACUCAAAAAUGAGAUUUCUGGGUUGGUAGUGUAUUUUUUAUUUACUUUGAGAAAUGUUUUUUUAUGUGCUGUCCCAAUGUCUUUUUAUUGUUCUUUGAAUACCACUCUAAUAUCAAAUGCAGCUGUCGACAUUCAAGAAUGUCUUCAAUAAAGGUCGUUUUUUUUUUUUAAGUUGUGUCCAUCUCUUCUUUUUUUUUCCUCAGUGAUGAAUGGGCCAACAUUCAGGGAAUUCGGGGUUCAUUAAAAAAGCUUUUAAAUUUAUGAUAUUAUAGCCUGAAAUUGUAGUUAGUGGCUAUUUUAAGUCUGUGUAAACCUAUGCCUGUGUGUACACUGAACAUCAGACACAAAGUAGUUUAUAUUGGAGGAGAUAAUCUGUUUAGUGGCUUAUGUUUAGCAGUGGUUGAUGAAUCAGUGCAAGUCUCGGCUCAGCUUUAACAAACCAUUAUCAAUCUCUAAAUAGUCACAAUCCUGAGAUGAUAAAUCUUAAACUUCAGCAGCUCAGAUCCAGAGGGUGGCACCACUCUUACGUCAGAAGUCAAAGUUUAAACUGAGAGCUAAUAGCGUACUUAGUGCUUCAUAAACUCAUAUCUUUCCAUAUUUAAGAUUAUACGUGUAACAGGUUAUAAGAUUAAAGCAGAGUUUUACUUUGAUGUGGAUCAUGUAAAUUUUGCUUUUGGCAGAUUAAAAAAAGACUUGAAGCCGCCAACUACUGCACGACAAAUCACACAUGAGAUUGACUGGGAGUAGUGUCUUGGAGAGAGAGACCACCUACCUUGUUAUUGUGUUGAAUUAUAAAAUGGGAAUAAUUCAGUGGAUGCUGCUUAACUCAUGUGAGGGCUGAAACAAAAGUGAAAAACACUCCCCUCUGUAGGUAGGGCCAGGUAAUGCUUCCUGUCUUUAUAAAGCUAGGUGAUGGCAAUUAGCAGUGUAGCAGGACUGCUAGCAGCAGUGUGUACAGGUAAGGGAAAGCUGGAUAGAAACACCUGAUUAUUCAAGUUUAGUGAUAAAUCUAAUGACUUAGAGGUGGAAUGGUGUUUGCUGGUUUGCACUGACUGUUGUGUGACUUGUAGACUGCUGAAAAGGUGGGCUACAAAUCAUGAUUUUCUUCAUGAGAUUGUAGGCUUAUCACUAACAGUUUUCAUUUUCUAAGAAGUCUGCUCUUGUCUCCCUUCCCUGUGUGAUCCAGAGCAGCCAGCCUGUUGACUCUCCCUAGUCAGGGUCCAGAUUGAGCAAGGUAACAGACAGGCGUGGUAAUGAAGGAGGGUUAUUUAACAAGAUGGCUACUCAACAAGAUGAUCAAGGGGGCCGGAUCAGUUAUUGGCUUCGUCCCAGAGUCUCUUGAGGCCGCUGUUGAGAGGAGGACCGGGUUUAAAUUAAAAUGAAUCCUGGGCUACAAAUAUCAUCCAUUGCACUAUGUCUUUUAAGGUCUUGAAAGCUCAUUUAGUGAGCGACUUGAGACGCCUCAGUGCUCCACUGAACGACUGAGAAAGUCUUUUGUCUCCGCAGCAGUGAAAUUUUUUUAAUAGUAUAUGCUAGGGUCUGAUUUGGCACUGCUGCAUAGUUCGUAGAGGCAUUUAUUUUAGUGUUUUCAUUUUUAUCAGGCUUUUAUUGUAUUUAAUUGCGUCUUUAUCUUUUAUUGUACCUCUUUUAAAUCAUGUUUCAUUGGCUUUUACUGUUUUUUGUGUAUCUGGUGUUGAGUUUAUGUUUUUCUGAUGUCUCCAUGCUGUUUGCUGUCUGUAUUUUCUUCUUGUCCUGGUGGUAAAACAGUUUCCCCCAUGCGGGAUCAAUAAAGUCUACCUUACCUUACCUUAUUACUCUCGAGUUAUUUUAGGUUUGUCCAUGAUUUUCACUUACGUUUCCUUCAUUUUAGAUUUAAUUGCCAUACUGCUGUUUUGUGUUCUCCUUCCCUGCUCUGAAGCGCUACCCUUCGUUCUGCCAAGCUUUGCUCGGACUGGCCUGGCCUGGCUUACAGUUAUGGACUGUUGCUCACAAAGCUACAGAAAUGUGAAUAUUUGUGUCUUGGUCAAUUGAUAUUGUGUUUUGCAGCUUGUGUAAGACAGAGAAUACCUUGCUGUGAAAUUGUACAUCCAGGACCUGCAUUAGUUUGGAAUAAUUGUCUUCGUACAAGCCAAGACAAUUUAUCUGUUACCCUUUUUUGAUGUGAACUGAAUCAACUGAUUCUCAGUGUUUUAUCUUGUUCCCCUACAGAGGUAGAAACUGUGGGGAGUAUGCUUGGGGUCCACCUGGUUUGCAUGCUGUGGUAGGUCUGGUGGUGGUCACUUGAAUGUUUUGCAGACUUGCAUCUGUUUGUAGUGACUAUUGCAGUGAGGAUUUGCAGUGUUGUGUCCACGGUGUGCUCACUUGGCGGUGUUUAGUUAGCAUUUUAAUUAAAAUUGUCCUAAUACAUUUUAAAAUUAGAAGCUAAUUGUUUUAGUUAUUUAUGACUCUAACCUGCGGGAAUAAAAUGAUGUAACUAACGAUGUUCCCUCUUUCUUUUAGGUAUUUUUUUACUUGGGUCUUAGCAGCUUUGAAUAAACAAAUCCUACCUGUGAAUCAAA